AUGAUUCAAGGUCCUGGUGACCGGGUUUGCUUGUCCGGACCACUCGGCGAGAUUUUCAACUCACUGGUUCAAGUGUUGGGCUUCAAUUACACAAUCGGCGUACCACGCGAGCUGACGACAGGAAGCCCACAGUCUGACGGCACCUGGACUGGAUCCAUGGGCAUGCUCCACCGCAACGAGAGCGACCUGGCCAUGGGACCAUUCUUUCCGGCCACUGAACGUCUAGAGAUUGCACAGCCAUCGGCCGUCUUUUACCUCGAGGAACUACGGAUUCUGGCAGGCCGAACGAGGGCUCAGGAGAGCAGUGUUUUUGGAUACAUCAUGGCCUUUGAUUGGAUGGUGUGGAUGUUUCUGAGCGUGGCGCUGGUGUUCGUCUCUCUGAUCACGGCCCUGUUCAAUUCGAUGCACGCAUCGAGAGCGGGACGGAGCUACUCCUUCUACGGCUUCUUCUCCGACGCCGUGUGGCAGUACCUGGAGAACCUUUUCUUCGAAGCGUCUGCGCGUGCUCCCUCUCUCGGCGGUGAGCGCCUGCUAAGUGGCGCCUGGUGGCUGGCCACCCUGGUGCUUAUGAACGCCUUCUGCGGCCACAUGCGCGCCUGCCUCAUGAUAAAGUCCGAGGUGGAGAAGAUCGAGAGCGUGCGCCACCUGGUGCGCAGACCGAGCACCGUGCCCCACAUGUGGCUGGGCACCUCGUACGUCGGCAUGGUCGCACAAUCGACCAAUCCCGAGCUUCGCCAGGUGGGACGCGUGGUGAAAGACCGGGGCACGGCCGUCCCGGCCUCCGUGUUGUACGGCCAGUCGCUGCUGCGGCGCGUGGUCCAGGGCCGUGCGGCCGUCAUCAGCGACGGCACGUCGCUCGUGUUUCGCAUCUCCUCGGUGUGCCAGUCUUACGAGGGCGCCGAGUUCUACCUGGCCCGCGAGGGACUCGUCUCGCACCCACUGAACAGCUUCGCCCGCAAGGACAUCGACCCGACGCUCUUCAAGAACAUCAACAAGGUCAUCCGACGCCUGGUGGAAGCUGGCCUGGUCGACUACUGGUGGAUCCGUGCCACAGGCGACGUAAGCCGCUGCGGCGGCUCCUCGUCCUCGUCGGGUCCCGAACAGACGGCCUCCACGCUGGCCUUCGCUGACGUGUUCGGAGUGUUCGUGCUGUGGAUCGCCUGCGCCGGCAUAUCGAGUGUCGUGUUCCUCGCCGAGCUGUGCGUUCUGCGCGCCGACGACAUGCACAAGAAGAAGCUCGCCGCGGGCGCCGCCGCUAGGGCGCGCCGCGGGCGCCGCGUGCUCCGGCUGCAGAAGUCCUCCAUGGUGUCGCUGUGA